AUGCGCCCCUUAGGCGGCUCACGUCGAGACGAAGACGAUUCUGAUGACGGCGAGGCAUUCCCACCGCAACGCGUCGACUGGGAGGCCAUGAGAGCUGGCGCCAACAUGGAGGAGUAUCUACGAAGCCAGCCCAUCCCGGAGUAUUCCGACGAGGAGGGCAUCAGCAUGCCACUCGAUGACCUUGGCGAGAUCUCUGGCACCGACACUAGUGUUGAAGAUGGAGAAAACGGCGACCAAGUCGGGGACCAACAAGAUGAGCCCGAGUUCGACCCCCUCGCUGUCGGUCUGAAGGAGAUUUCAAAUCUGGGGAAAUUCACCGUCAGCAGCCACAAGCAGGGGAACGGCGUCGACCAGCUUCGUGACGACAGCUUGAAAACCUAUUGGCAAUCCGAUGGUCCUCAGCCGCACAAGCUUACAGUCUACUUCAUCAAGCGAGUCGGCAUCAGGGACAUUCGCUUCUACGUAGACUACAAUGAAGAUGAAUCUUACACACCAACCAAGAUCAUCUUCAAGUCCGGUACCAGCGAGAACAAUCUCAUUCAAUUUGCCACAAUGGAGCUCUCGACACCCUCUGGCUGGCAGAUCGUUCCAGUCGACGGCGCUGGCGGCGGCCCCGACGGUAACACGCUGGUUUCCUACGUGUUCCAAAUGCAGAUACUUGAGAAUCAUCAGAACGGCAAGGAUACGCACCUUCGUUCUAUCAAGAUCUACGCUGCGGAUACGGACACCCCUAGCAUCGACGCGGACAUAUCAAACCGCCGAGCUGUGAGUGAGGAGCCAGACGAGGAACCUGCAGACCCCUGGGAUCUCUCCGUUCUCGAAGCUGGCCUAUCUGUUCCGGAUUUCAUGAAGGAACCAGAGAUUCGAUGA